CUCUGAUUCUCCAUCCGAGGAAUCAAAAGAAGGUACGUUUUCCCUGUGUUCAUGUUAAAAAAUUAAUGAAGAUACAAAUACACCAUAUUUCAAUAGUAAAUUCAUUAAUAACAGAAAAGCAACAUUAUCGGCUCAUGUUCAUCGGUCCAUCAUCCCGUCUUUCAUUUCUUCCAAUGGCCGGCUUUCAUUUGUUUCAAUGGCAACUAUAUCUACAAUAUUUAUUUUCCAACAAAGAUGUAGCCGAAUCAUGUUUCUCACAUCCUCAUCAUCGGACAAAUAAACUCUCUUUUUUCCUUCGGCGCAAUAUAUUGAAAAGAGGUUUGAGGAUUUUAAAAGAAGUCACCCUUAAAAAAAGGUGUUGUCUGGCCGGCCAAACCGAACGGACAAGGUGUUGUCUGUCCAGUGAUUGCGGACAGCAUUGGGGCAGUCCGACCGGUCUUUUAGGACGCGCGUGGUCGCGUCCGGCCUCUAAAGGCGGGCGCGCAUGGGCAUGUCUGAAAAUACCGGCCGGACAACACCGUGCAUGCGCGCAAUCGCCGGUCGGACAACACCAUGCCCGAUCGCAAUUUCUGGCGGACGGCCGAAAAAUGUACCUCGCUCGAAGAUAUUUUUUCUCCAGAAUCACCUGCCUUAGGCCAUUACCGCUGGAAAGAAUGGGAAGGGAAGGAGAGGUGUGCGAGGAAAAUGAAGAUGAUAAUAAUACUGUGAAGAAAUAUGAGCGCAGCAGAAAUUACUGUGGAGAGAGUGAAAUUAAGCUCUUGCGGUCGAAUCCUGGAGUUGAAGCUGGUGUGUGUGACACAGUAGGAGAUGGCGAUGAGGUUGAUGAGGUCUUGAGCAAGGAUAAAGAAAUUAUUGUUUCUCCUUACUUUAAGAAAAGUAAAUUGGGAGAAUAUACUGGAAUUGUGUCUGAAGAGAAAUCGUCGUGUGAAUACGCCGGAAUUAUGUCUGAAAAUGUUGGUGAAUACGCCGGAAUUAUGUCUGAAAAUGUGGCUGAACACGCCGGAAUUAUGUCUGAUAAUGUGAAGCGGGAUCUUUUUUCCCACUUCACAUAUAGAGGUUAUCAGAAGAUGGAAUGCAAAAAAGAAGAAGAGGGCAUCAAUAUCAUGAUGGAGAAGAGUAGAUAUGGUAGGAAUGUGAAAAGGGAAGACACUGAAAAUUUGGUAAUUGUUUCACCUUAUUUCUCAAAGGUGAGAGUGAAAGAUUUUAAAAUCAAACCAAAGAAGAAGGUGAAGAAGGUGCAAGCAAGGAUUGUUUCUCCUUACUUUUGCAGCAGCACACAACAAUCAGUGAACAGAACACCUCUUCUCACGGCUGCCCAGAAGAAACACCAAGCCUAUGAAAGAAAAACUCCAUAUCACAAUUGGGUCCCUCCUCGCUCUCCUUUCAGUCUUCUCCAGGAAGACCAUUUCUUUGAUCCUUGGAGAGUUUUAGUUAUAUGCAUGCUUCUAAACCGAACUACUGGUCUACAGGCUAGGAAAGUAUUAUCAGACUUCUUUCAUUUGUGUCCAAAUGCCAAGACAGCCGUUAAGGUUCCCACGGAGGACAUCGAGGAAGUAACACGCAGCUUGGGUUUGUACAAGAAGAGAGCACUAGGGAUUCAGCAAUUCUCUCAUGAGUAUCUGAAUGAGAGCUGGACUCAUGUAACUGAGCUUACAGGCGUUGGCAA